GUUACGAAGUUGCAGCUGGGAGCUUGCUUGCGGUCGUAGGUAUUUCGCCUAGCCAGCCAGCCAUGCCCCGACCAUCGCGCAUCGGGUAGACGCGUUCGCGAGAGGUGUGACCGCGUGUAGUGUCUUCGAUCGACGGGGCUUUGGCAAAGAAGGUUUCAAGGAAUCGUUCGGUUGUGGAUAGAUUUUUAAAUGAUGGUGUAGUUAAUUGUUGGUUAGAAAGUGCUAUUUCGAAGAUCCAUAAAAACGAGUAACUAUUUUCGGUGUACUGUAUCAAAUAAACGGAAUAAAAAAUCCUAAUUUUAAAUAAAAUACCGCUACUUUUGAACUAACAAUAAUUUUCGGGUCAUUAUCACUACGUGUUGUUCAGUUGAAGAAAUUCAAGUGUUUGAGGAUCGACAUUUGCCUUGAUCUCAAGAGGUGGAAUAAGUGUUAGAAAAGUGAAACAAAUAUUUGGCACAAAAUGAUGUACAAAGGCAACAUAUCGAACGUGCUUUUGUUGUUAGUUUGUGGAUUGCGAACGUUUGCCAGUGGAUUUUUGAACUUCAGCGCAGUGCUAGGAGCCAACUUCGGAUUGAGCGACCUGUUCGAGAUAAACUACGGGCAUCCAUCGUUGCGACCGGUUUACGAUUAUGUGAUAGUUGGGGCAGGCCCAGCGGGAUGUGUACUUGCAAACCGACUCUCGGAGGAUUCAUCGAGAACGGUACUACUACUUGAGAUUGGAAAGGGUGAAAUGCCCAUUGUUACCGAUGCACCCUUACUCGGACCCACACUCGCCUCAACCGACUAUAAUUUCGGGUAUAAGACAGAGGUUCAGAAGUACGGAUGUCAGGGAUUGCGCGGCAAGCGGUGUAGUUGGGCGCAUGGGAGAGGAGUUGGUGGAUCUUCGAUUAUCAAUAAUGUGAUUUUUACGAGAGGAAAUAAACGGGACUACGACAGUUGGGCACAAGCAGGGAAUUCCGGUUGGAGUUGGAAUGAAAUGUUGCCAUACUUUCUUAAACUGGAAAAGGCAAAUAUCCGGGACUUUGGCGACAAUGGUUUUCAUGGUACAGACGGUCCGCUGUCGGUAGAGGAUUGUCCAUUUAGAUCCAAAAUAGCGGAAGCCUUUGUGCAGAGCGCCCAAGAAGUCGGCUAUCCAUAUCUGGACUACAACGCUGGAGAUCUCAUCGGGGUUUCGUAUCUGCAGGCGCACACUCUUCAUGGCCGCCGUGCCACCGGUGGUAAUGCCUACCUGAAGGACAUCGUCGAUCGACCAAAUCUGCACAUCAUGACCCGUUCGUGGGUCACCAAAGUUUUGAUUGAUUCUCAUACCAAGGAAGCAAAGGGAGUGCAGUUUGUCACGGGUAAGCGAACCUACACCGUCAAAGCAACACGGGAAGUCAUUUUGUCAGCUGGAGCGUUCGAGAGUGCCAAAUUGUUGAUGUUGUCAGGAGUUGGACCGUCGAAGCAGCUUCAAAAGCAUGGCAUCAAGGUUAUGCAGAAUUUGCCAGUUGGUAAACAAGUGACGGAGCACGGUGGAGUAUAUGGACCUGUCUACAUCGUUCAUAACGAUCCUGAUGGGCUCACAAGUUUGGAAAAGAUAGCUACUUUGCGUGAAUUUCUGAAGUUCAGGAAUGGAAGUGGCCCCUUGACGUCUAAUUCAGUUGAGAGUUUGAUGUACGUAAAAUCGCCUGUAGCGGAAGACCCUGACCCAGGACUACCGGAUGUUGAAGUUAUGCAGGCUUUCGUCUCAUUUGGUUUCGAUUCAUCGCCAUCUGUUAAAUUUGCCUAUCAUCUAUCGGAUGAGCUGGAUAAAGCAUAUUUUCGACCUUUGGCUAACUUGAGAACAUUCAUGUAUCUUCCCAUGUUGUUGAAGGCUCGAGCCAGGGGUCAAGUGCGGCUGAAGUCCACAAAUCCUUUUAAUCAUCCAGAGUUUAAAUACCAGUACUUCGAAGACGACAGAGAUGUUGAAGCAUUGGUGUAUGCGAUUCAGCAAGUUAUCAAUAUUACAUCGCAGCCGGCUUUUCAGAAACUUGGCGUUGAGCUGUACUCCAAGAAGGUUCCUGGAUGCGAACAUCUGAAGUUUAACACUUUGAAGUAUUGGCGUUGUCAUGUUCGAACGGUUACGGCAACAUUCCAACAUCAGGUGGCAACAUGCAAAAUGGGACCAUCUAGUGAUCCGGAAGCUGUGGUAGAUCCUCGGCUUCGUGUGCAUGGUAUUAAACAUCUCCGGGUGGCCGACGUUGGCAUUAUUCCGGAUUCUCCCACUGGCCAUACAAGUGCUCAUAGUUUCGUGAUUGGCGAGAAGGCGGCCGAUCUAAUAAAAGAGGAUAACGAACGUUGAAAUUAUCGAAAUUUAGAAGAAGUCGUUCUAGACUUUUACGAAUUAUUUAGUGUAGUUACAG